CAACUUUGUCUGCAGUUAAUAAGAAGAUAAAAUCCCAUUAUUAGUACUUACAAGGCGAGAAAAGUCUGCCAAGUCCACCGAGGUCGGCAGGCAAAAGCCAAAGCAGCGCGGCCGGUGGACCGAGGCCGGCAUGCAGGCCGCCGUCUCGGCGAUACUCGCGAAAAAAAUGACGCUGCGCAAGGCCUCGUUGUACUUCGCCGUGCCGAAGAGCACCCUGGCCUCGCGCAUGAAGUCCAUCCAGGCCGGCGAGCAGGUGGACUUGGCCCCGCAGAUAGGUAGCUUUCAGAAGGCCCUGUGCCAGAGACUAGAGUCGCAAUUGAUCGCGCGUCUGAAAGAGCAGGAGGCGCGCUUUUUGCCGCUGCACAAGCGCGAGUUCCUCAAGCUGGCCUACGAUCUGGCCGAGCACCUGCAGCUGCCCCACAAGUUCAACAGGUCCAACAAGACGGCGGGCAAAAAGUUUUACUACGACUUUACCCUGCGCCACCCGGAGCUCACCGUGAUAGCCGACCCGAGCCUGACCAGUCCCAAGACCUCGGCGCCGAUCAGCAAGACGCAGGUCGAUCAGUUUUUCAAGGUCUACCAGGAGCUCGUGGACAGGCUGGGCCUGAGCCCGGGCCAGAUACACAGCUGCGAGGAGACGAGCGUGCUGAUACAUCACCGCGACAUCAGGCGCAACGUGAACGUGUGCAAGCUGACGCCGAGCGAGCGGGGCACGGUGCUGCUGAGCGUGAACGCGGCGGGCGACUGUUUCGCGCCGCCCCUCUUCGUGUUCCCGGGCCAGGAGCCGCUCGACGAGUCCUACCGGCGCAACAGUCCCCUCGGCAGCGUGUUCAGCGUCGAGGAGAGCGGCUGCGUCAGCACCGAGUCCUUCCUCGAGUACUUGCGGGUGCUGGUGGAGCUGCAGGCGCCGAGCGAGCAGCGGCCCCUGCUGCUGCUCGUCAACGCGCGACCCUACCACAACGACCUCAAGGUCAUUCACUUCGCCGAGCUGCACCACGUGCACCUGCUCGGUCUGCCCCAGCACAGCGCCCACAUACUGCACCCCCUCGAGCGGGCCCUCAUGCAGACCUUCGGCGCGGCCUACAUCGAGGCCUGCAAGAAGUGGAUCAAGUGCUGCCAGCCGGCCCAGCUCGGCCCGCGGGACGUGGCCGGCCUGGUCAACGAGGCCUACUGCUCGAUAUUCCGCAAGGAUCUGGCCCAGUACGCCUUUCGCUGCACCGGCUUGUGGCCGAUCAAUCCGCACGCCAUCGUCGGCCUGGAUUACGGCGACGACAUGGACGACGUGUUCGACGACGGCAUCGCGUCCGCGGCCCCGGCCAGCAGCGACGAUCUCAUGUCGAUACCGACGGUCGACGUCGCUCAGCAGCAGGAGCAUCCGCAGCAGCAGCAACAGCUGCCUCCCGAGAGAACGAGCUGCUGCAGCACGACUACCUCGACGACGCCGAGCACCACCGCGACUACGCCGACGAGCCCGACCCUCUCGGAUCUCUUCAGAUCGUCCACGUCGUCGUUGCAGUCGUACUUGCCGUCCGCUUCGGUGAUACGUCGAGUCGACGAGGCGGCCAACGAGGCCUCGACCUCGUCGCUCGACGACUUCGUUCUCAAAGCCGUCGAGUCCGUUGCCGGCUUCUCCGUCAUCAGGAGGAUACACAGCGGCGAGGAGAGCAACUUCGACGUUAACAUUUAAUUACUUAAUUGCCUCGUGAUAUUACCCCCUGUCUUUAUCGAAU